CGGGUCGUGCGAGGAUUAAAAAAUGGCAUGCAAAUGGACCUGCCAUUAACCCUCACGCAACUUGAAACUGAGAAAAGAAAUGACGUGAUAGUGCUCCUAGAUACCGGGUGCACGGGUUCUUGUAUCAAUGAGAAUACCAUUGUAAAACUCGGGUUAGAGCAACAUCAUUUUGAAAAUGAUAUACCAGUAUUUAAUGCAGACGGCACUCUAAAUGCGGCUGGUAACAUUACCGAAUACAUACGAGUGAAGGGUCAAAUCGGAAACCAUGAAGAAGUCUUGAAUUUGCUAAUCACAAAUCUCGGCAAAUCAGACGUUUUUCUUGGUUACGAAUGGCUUGACUUCCACAACCCCAAAAUU